ACACGCCACCCACAUAUCUAACGUUUGAAUUAACUUAUACCCAUAAACCUAAUAAUAUACGAAUAUCGCAAUCACAAUUACAACCACAGUCUACCGCUAUAGAUGUAUUAGGCCCUAAUUUUGUUUCAGCUCUUCAAGAAUGCUUUGACCUUCUUAAAAAUAUUUUGAAUUCAGAUAGAAAUCAAUAA